GGCACCGGCGGCAGCAGUGGCGGCAUCAGCGGGAGGCGGAGAGCACAGCGGGGCCGCCUAAGUGAAGCCUGAGCCGCCGCCGCCGCGAUGCUGGAGGAGCCGGACGUCGCGACGCCGCGAGCCACUGCUAUGGAUUGCAAAGACAGACCGGGGUUCCCAUUGAAGAGGUUGAUACAAGCCCGCCUGCCCUUCAAACCCCUGAACCUUGUUCCCAAGGAGAAAGCCGAGGACACAUCACCGAAAGUGUCUGUGGAAGAUAAAGUUACGGAUCUACAAUUGUCCUUGGACACUUUGGAAAACCGCUGUCACACAGGUUCUCAUGUAGGCUUGAGUCCGAAGCUGGUCAGUGGCCGAGGCCCCAUUGAUAGCUUCUUGAGGGCCACAAUAAAGCCAGGGCCGAGUGUGGUCAUCAUCGACCUGACUGAGAACUCCAGUGACAUUCCAGACAACCCUGAGGGCCCUAGUGAACCAAGUCCUGAUGCCCCAGCAGAAGGAGCCGACAAGCAGCAGGGACCCUCCACAGUGGAGCAGUGUCUCCCAGAGACCCCUGCAGACAUUCCUUGCCUUGUGGAGGAGGAACCUGGGAGCCCAGGAGGCCCAGAGAGGACGGGUGACUGUCAGGCUGGCUUAUUACAGAGCUGUCCUGAGCUGACCCCGGGUUCCAGGACAUCCCCCAUAAAGGAGCCAUCAGGCUGGAGCAAGGCAGGGGGUCUCCUUUUUAUAGAAAAGGUGCCCGUGGUGGUGCUUGAGGACAUUCUGGCCACUAAGCCUCUCCACACCUCUCUUCCCACGAUGUCCCUGGACAGGAGUGUCACUUCAGAGAGUGAGGUGCUGGAGUCCUGCCCUGAGGAUGACUCCACACUGAGCCACUCCCCCACCAGCUCUUCUUCUCCAACCAGCUCUCCUGAGGGACCAUCUGAACCCCCAGCACAGCUUAGUAGGACCAGCCCCCCCUCCACACCCAUCUGCAGAGAUAACAAGAAACUCGUCAGAGGCUCCAUGGAGAAGGGCAGGAGCAAACUGCACAGAGACAGAGAACAACAGAGGGAGGAGAAGGAGAAGCUAAGAGAAGAGACACGGCGAGCCAAGGAAGAGGCGCGGAGGAGAAAGGAGGAGGAGAAGGAGCUGAAGGAGAAGGAGCGGAGGGAGAAGCGGGAGAAAGAUGAGAAGGAGAAGGCAGAGAAGCAGCGGCUCAAGGAGGAACGACGCAAGGAGCGGCAGGAGGCUCUGGAGGCUAAACUGGAGGAGAAGAGGAAGAAAGAGGAGGAGAAGAGGUUACGAGAAGAAGAGAAGCGCAUCAAGGCAGAGAAGGCAGAGAUCACUAGGUUCUUCCAGAAGCCAAAGACCCCGCAGGCCCCCAAGACUCUGGCCGGCUCCUGUGGUAAGUUUGCACCCUUUGAAAUCAAAGAACACAUGGUGCUGGCUCCGCGGUGCCGGGCUGCCUUGGACCAGGACCUGUGCGAUCGGCUGGACCAACUCCUACAGCAGCAGACUGGGAACAGCUCCUUCCUCAGCGACCUGAAAGAUCGGUUGCCCCUGAAGUCGGGACCCACCCAGGUCUGCAGCCGCAACACCAACAUAAUGGACAGGGACAUGGUCAUUGUGGAGAACAAGGUGGACGGUGUACCUGAAAGGAGGAAGUUUGGCCGCAUGAAGCUCCUGCAGUUCUCAGAGAACCACCGGCCAGCAUACUGGGGAACAUGGAACAAGAAGACGACAGUCAUCCGCCCCCGUGACCCCUGGGCCCAGGACAAGAACCUUCUUGACUAUGAGGUGGACAGUGAUGAUGAAUGGGAAGAGGAGGAACCUGGGGAGUCUUUGUCCCACAGCGAGGGGGACGAGGAUGAUGACAUGGGGGAAGAUGAAGAUGAGGACGACGGCUUCUUUGUGCCCCAUGGGUACCUGUCUGAGGAUGAAGGCGUGACUGAGGAGUGUGCAGACCCCGAGAACCACAAAGUGCGCCAGAAGCUGAAGGCCAAGGAGUGGGAUGAGCUCCUAGCCAAGGGCAAGCGUUUCCGCGUACUGCAGCCUGUACAGGUGGGAUGCGUGUGGGCAGCUGAGGCAGCCAACUGCGCAGGCUCUGACUUGAAGCUGCUGCAGCAGUUCACCGCAUGCCUGCUGGAUGCAGCACCCCCUGAAGAGCCAGAGCCAAAGGCCUCCAGGCGGGAGAAGAGGGACCAGCAUAUCCUGGCCCAGCUGCUUCCACUGCUGCAUGGCAAUGUGAAUGGGAGCAAGGUCAUCAUCCGCGAAUUCCAAGAGCGAUGCCGCCGCGGCCUGCUGAGCCCUCCAAGCCCCACUCCACACCCACAUGUACCCAACUCGGAGGAUGCUGUGGUCGUGCCAUCCAAGGCCAGGCUGAAGCGCCUCAUCUCUGAGAACUCGGCCUAUGAGAAGCGGCCUGACUUCCGUAUGUGCUGGUAUGUGCACCCACAGGUGCUCAGGAGCUUCGGCCAGGAGUGCCUGCCUGUGCCCUGCCAGUGGACCUACGUCACCGCCGUGCCCUCAACACCUAGGGAAGACACUGGCAACACUUCUGAGGGGCCUGACCAGGGCACACCCAUGCCAAUCAAGCGGAAGCCAGCAGCCACCAUGUGCAUUACGCAGUUCAUGAAGAAAAGGCGGUAUGAUGGACAGGUUGCCUCUGGGGACAUGGAUGGCUUCCAGGCAGACACAGAAGAGGAUGAGGAGGACGACACAGACUGUAUGAUCGUGGAUGUGCCAGGUGUUGCGGGUGACGUGUCAGAGGCUCCUGUGCCUGCGCCCACGCUUUGCAAAUGAUGGGUGUCAAGUUCAAAGACCCAGGGACUCCUGGAUAAAAGCAACCUGUGCUGCAGGGAGUGGAGUGUAAGCCAUGACCUGGGCAGUGGCGGCCACACUUCCCUCGGCCUUGUAGAGCUGCUGAGGGAAGUGGGGAUGGGCACCUGAGCAGCUGCCAACUCCCAUGUAAAGAGCACUUUGUCCCACACCCCAGGGUGUGGAGUCUAGAGGAGGCCAGAGCAGUUAUUCUAAACUGUAAAGCCCCCAGGGCUGUGUGCUGAUCUACCCUUCUUAGUUAAGCAUUAUUGACAGGUGCCUGCUGUGGUCAAACACUUGCUAAUGAAUUGUGCCAGGGACACUGAAGCUGCUCUGCAGGCCCUGAGCAAACGUGGACAUGUAUAAACGCACUCUACCUGA